GAGAAGUGAGUAAGAGAUGACUCAACAGCCGUAUAGUAUAAAACAUUCUGAUGGAGCCCAACAAUGGAUCAGCCUAGACCUCCACCCAAGGUAAGGUCAACUCUCCUCUCCGCCUCGCUCCCCGUCUCCUUAACUCGGGCUUCAACGCUUGUCUCCGUUUCACUGUCCGAGCUCACAGUCACAUUUGGUCUUCGGUUUUACAAGAGCAUCCAGUUGUUUAAUGACUGACAGCUUUUUGAAGUACAGUAAAAGGUUUGUACCCAACUUCUCAUUCUACUGAACGAGAGGAACAAAGUGUUUGGGAACAUUUGAAUGGUACAGUAUGUAUGAUUUAUUUGUAAAAGGGCUUAUAGAUUGAUAGCUGAGGUUAUUAUGAGCUCGUACACUUUCUUCUACUCCUCAGAGAAUUUUACUCACAAGGAAGACAAUAAGACACUAGGCAAAAGCAGGUGGUCUUUGUUCUUGUUACCUGGUCAGGUCUCUAUCAAUCAUAUUGAGUAAUCGUUAUAAGGGAGUAUUUUUGUAUGUAUAAUAACAUUUGCAUUUUUCUAUUUAGGAACACAUGCAUUUCUGACUUUGGUGCAUCAAAGCAAAAAACAUGGCCUACACUUUUGCCCUCCUGGUUUCUCUUCUGCACUUUUCAAGUAUGUGCUCAGCUUUUCCUCUGCCAGAGGAAAUAGUGAAAUCCAAAGUGAUAUUGAAGGCCAAACAGCUGGUUGUGAAACUCAACAGGUUCGAGUUCCCCGAUGAUCUGCCCACUGGUGCACCUGCCGACAAUUUGUCUGGAACUUCCUCCAUUGUGGCGACUUUGGAGGAGUACAACAGCCUGAUCUCGGACAGCCUGGAAGGGGUCGAACAGGUCAAGGUGGAACUCUCUUCGCUGAUAGAUUCCCUUUGUCAGUUGGGUCAGGGGCACUGUGGUGAGGAACCGAAGCCGACGCAAAGUUCGCAGAGUCAACGGUUUAAAGAAUAUGUGACCUUGGAGAAGCUACUGAGAAUAAAGGAGCGUCUCAAUCAGCUGCUGGAAAAUGUGGAUAUACUUGACACUUAUUGAAAGACAGAUAUUAGGACCAAUAACUAAUAUUGGAAAAUGAUUUGUCAAGUCUGCAUCAGGAAUGUGUGAUUUAAUGAUUAACAUGAACUUAUUUAUAUAUUGUAUUUAUUUUUGCAAUUGUACAUUUAGAAAACUUAUAUUUUGUAACAAUGUCUUAAUGUGAUGCCAACUGAGCUACGCUUUGCCAAAAUAUUUAACAUGUAUUUGUAUGAAAAUACUGUUGACAGAGGAAGCGUCGUAAACACCAGCGAUGACGCGCCUGUAGAAUCCCAAAAAGUUUAAACUUGCCCUGAUCAACAGCUGUUUGUAUGACAACUACAAGGACAGGAAGGGCAAAGGGUAGCUUCCAUAUCAGUAGAAUAUUCUAAACUCCUUUGUAAAUGGUUAUUGGGAUCUGUAAAAUGUGCCUUUAUAUUGAAUUAAAAAGGAAUACUAAACAAAUAUAUUGUGGUAUGCAAGUUUGUCAGUGAUGUAUUAAGAAAAAGAAAAGAUCAGAAGGAUACACAUCUGUGGGUGUUCAUC